UAUAUAUAUACACACACACACACGUUUUAGUACAACGUGUGCUGGCUUUGUAAUGGGAUAGUAUGUUGCAUUUUGUUUGUGAAAGGACGUAAAUUUAAGAGCUUUUCUAAGUUACCGCUGUGUUGUGAAAGAAUUACUGGUUAAACACUAAGACAUGGAUCGCUACAACGAGCUGAAAGUAUUACUGAAGAAGUGGGAGACAUCCUUUCUACAGAAGCACCAGAGAAAACCUGACAAGGUGGAUGUUGAAGGUGCCCCUGAGGACAUACAGAAAUUCUAUCAGGAAUACAGAUCUCUGAAAAGGACCAAAGAGAAGGACAAUACAGACAGUAAGAUCACUGAAAGAACAAGUGCUUGUAAGGAAAAAGCUGGAGAACAACCAGAAAUGGAGACACUGAAUAAAGAGAAGUAUGGCUGCGACUCAUGGGGCUCUCACCUUAGUCGAACUAACACAGUUUCAUUAAAACUGACCUGUGGGGAUCGUGACAGGCUGAACUAUUCUGCCCAAUACUUUGGAAUGAAACUAAAGUCCAAUCUUGGUUCUGCAGUAAAGGAGCGUCCAGUAUCUUUAAGGAAAUCCCUGACACCAAGGAGGAAAGAAAAUGGCCAUUCCUUAAGAGGGAACCUUGGAGACAGAUAUUCAGUUGAAUACGCAGCUGCAAUGGAUCACACUGUUUCUUCUGGCAGAGUGGAAUCCCCAUCUAGUGCUGACUGCAGGGUGCUUGAAAAAGUAGAGCUCCUGACAUUCACUCCAUUAAAGACAGUCCAGGCCCAGACGCCUACGUCACUGAAUAAGCUUCAGCAGCUAAGGGCCUCUAUAGCACAAAGAAUGUCUUCAGUUAAUAAAAGCUGGCUGGAGAGGUGUGAAGGCUAUGGGGUGUUGGCUGGAGGAAAACCAGCAUUGUCUGACUCUACCAUAGCUGGUGGCAUUAGAGAGCAAUUAAAUGACUCUUCAAUGUCACCUUGUUCUUUAGAACAAAAUUCCCUUUCUUCUACUGAUUUUGUUUCAUCUGCUGGUGAAAAAGUGCCCAUUGAAGAAUUUGUAGGCAAUGCCACUUCAGAAUUGGUUGGAGGAAAACCAGCAUUAUCUGACUCUUCUACCAUAGCUGGUAGCAUUAGACAGCAAUUAAAUGACUCUUCAAUGUCACCUUAUUCUUCCAAACAAAAUUCCUUUUCUUCUACUGAUUUUGUUCCGUCUGCUGGUGAAAAAGUGCCCAUUAAAGAAUUUAUAGGCAAUGCCACUUCAGAAUUGGCACAGUCAGCUCGUUCUCCUUCUGUACUUGACAGUGGAGCUACAGCUGUUGCUGGCAUUUUUUCUACAUUAGGAAUGGCUGAAGUGAAGGCAAAAGCUAGUUUGACUGAUGAUAAAGGAACUCAAAAGAAAAGCAGUGGGAAUCCAGAUGACCUGGAUGUUCCUACUGAUACCCCUCCAGUAAACUUGCAUUUUGUAGAAAAAUAUGAUGGACAUUCCAAAAGGGAGCUGAAAAAAGUAGAAUUAAACAGUUAUUCGAACGGCUAUGACCGCACAGAGGAUGGCAGUGACUAUAUAAUAACAAAUGAAGAUUGCAAGACGAGUAGUAGAAAAAGACAAAGAGGGACCUUGCUAGGUAAAGAAAUAAAAGAUACUGAAAAGAGUUCAGAUCUACCAUUACCCAAAAAGCCAAAGAAGUCUAGGGUGAUCUGUCAUGAUGACCCAUUGAGACCUGAAAACAAAACAAAAAUCUCAAGAUCUCGUGGGAAAAUCAGGAAAAAAGAUUCUGAAGAGGAAGGUGCAGAUACUGUGAAAGUUCCAGAUAAACCAAGUGAUGAAAUCCCCGUUGAGAAUCUCUUUGGAGAGUUUGAAGAAGAAGCUGCUUCCUGCACUACAUAUUCUAGAGAACAUGUUGCAAGAACUGAUUCCAGAAAGGAUGGCAACUUUGUGAGAAUAAACUUAAAAAAGAAAUCCUUCUCAAAGGGUUAUGUUCUGAAAGGAAACCAACUUCGCAAACGGGUUUGGAAGCAGAAAUGGCAGAAGAAGGGAGAGGACUUUGGAGGAGGAGGGAGAUCCCAUUUCAGCAGAAGCUCUGAUACCUGCUUUCGAUGUGGUGCAACUGGCCAUUGGGCUAAGGACUGCAAGGGGACUGCAGCAUGUAAUAUGAAGAAGGAAGAAGCAGCAGAACCUGAGGAAGAGGAAGCUAUCCCUCUUCCAACACUGGAAGAAGUAGCCAGGUUAACCGCUACCCUGCACAGUAAAGCCUUGGUCACACCAGACAGCAGUGCUGACCAAGAAGACCCUGAGGUACUGAGUGAAAAGCACAUUCUGAUGAACAUGGAGAGACCAGUGUAUGAACCACGAGUCCCUCCACCACCAGUGGAUCCCCUCUAUGAGCUUGGGGAGGAUGGAAAGGUUAAAAAAACUACAGCAGAGGUGUAUGAAGCUCUGUCUGACCUUGGUUAUGACUCCUUCCGAGCAGGACAAGAGAUUGCCAUCAUGAGGAUUCUUUCAGGUCUCUCCACACUGGUUGUCCUGUCCACUGGAAUGGGAAAGUCACUGUGCUAUCAGCUGCCUGCUUAUAUGUAUGCCAAAAGGUCCAGAUGCAUCACUCUCGUCAUAUCACCGCUAGUGUCACUGAUGGAUGACCAGGUCUCUGGACUGCCAUCAAAGUUAAAAGCUGUGUGUGUUCACUCCAAUAUGACCAAAAACCAGAGAGAAACUGCUAUAGAAAAGGUGAAGGAAGGCAAAGUGCAUGUGCUGUUGCUGUCCCCAGAGGCACUGGUUGGUGGAGGACAAACCAGCUACAGUUGCCUUCCUCCUGCAGACCAGCUGCCUCCUGUGGCAUUUGCUUGUAUUGAUGAGGCACAUUGUGUGUCUGAGUGGUCUCACAACUUCCGACCCUGCUACUUGAGACUUUGCAAGGUGUUACGUGAUAGACUGGGUGUUCAAUGCCUUUUGGGUCUUACAGCUACCGCUACUCUUGCCACAGCUUAUGAUGUUGCUCGGCACUUGGGAAUUCCAGAGGAAGAUGGGAUAGCAGUGCGAUCUGCUGCUGUGCCACCUAAUCUCCAUCUGUCAGUCUCUAUGGACAGGGACAAGGAUCAGGCGAUUGUUACUCUGCUAAAAGGUGAAAGGUUUGGAUCGCUGGACUCUGUUAUUGUAUACUGCACACGCAGAGAAGAGACAACUCGCAUUGCAGCUUUGUUGCGUACCUGUCUCCAGGGAGUAACAUUAAAGGAUUUGUCAGCGCAAAGUAAGGGGGAAGGAACUGUACACAGUAAAGAAGACAGUGCUGCAAAACAGAGCAAGACAAAAGGCAAGAAGAUCCGCCUACCAUUGAAGUGGAUUGCAGAUUCCUAUCAUGCUGGAAUGUCCGCAUUCCAAAGGAGGCGUGUCCAAAACAACUUCAUGAGUGGACAACUACGGAUUGUUGUGGCAACAGUGGCAUUCGGGAUGGGAUUGGACAAGUCUGAUGUGCGGGGAAUAAUACACUACAACAUGCCAAAGAGCUUUGAAAGCUAUGUACAGGAGAUUGGGAGAGCAGGAAGGGAUGGAGAACCUGCUCAGUGUCAUCUGUUUCUUGACCCAGAGGCUGGAGACCUCUGUGAGCUGAGGAGGCACAUCUAUGCUGACACAGUGGACUAUAUCACAAUUAAGAAGUUGGUACAGAAAGUGUUUGUAUCCUGCAGAUGUCGGGAGAUCCAUCAGAAACAGAGGGCCUUAUUGCAGGGUAGUGAGGUGACAGAUGAUGAGAUGCUGGAAGUCCUAGACAAUGCUGAAGAACUGUUAUGUGACAAAAAGCAACUUACAACAGAACCAAACUCAACAUCUCCAAGGAUUUGCUACAAACACGAGGGUGCAGUACCAAUUCAACAAACUGUAGAGAUGCUGGACAUUCGGGAGGAAGGUAUUGAGACACUGAUGUGCUACUUAGAGCUUCAUCCACAGGGUUGGGUUGAGAUGUUGCAUCCUACACUUUCUUCUUGUCGUAUUGUUUGCUAUGGUGGACCUCAACAGCUCAGAAUGAUAGCAAAAAGAUCCCGUGUUGUCGCUGUAGUCCUUGCACGUGAGCGUUUGAAAGGAGUGGAUCGUUCACAGAGCAGCUCAGUUGAAUUUGAUGUGAUUGAGCUAGCUGACACAAUGGGCUGGGAGCUGAUCCCUGUGAAACGUGAGCUGCGACAGCUUCAGUGGCUUUCACACACACAGCAAGGUUUUAAGGGCACUGGAAAGAGUGGAGUAUUGGUUGAGUUUAGCAACCUGUCCUUUUAUUUCCGUUCUUACCGGGAUCUGACACUUGAGGAGCUAGAUUCGGUGUGCGAGUACCUACACCAACGAGUGAUGAAGCAAGAGAAAACAGGCCUUUUCCAACUUCAGGCAUGUUUCAGAGCCUUCCGAAGUGUGGCUUUCCGAAACUGCAGCCUGUGUUCAGAUGAUGUGGAUAUGCACAGAAGCUCCCAACUCAAAGACCUGCUCCAAGAAUAUUUUGAGAAAAAGGCUGAGGUGGAGAGAGACUUAAGUGAUGAAGAGGAUCAAGGAGAGGAAAGUCUUAGCAAAGUGAAGCUUAAAGACUGUGCAGAACAGAUCCAUUUGGAUAUCCGUAGUUUUCUUUCCAUUCAUCCGGAAGAGAAGUUUACAGGCAGAUCCAUUGCUAGGAUAUUUCAUGGGAUUGGAAGUCCCUGCUAUCCAGCUCAAGUCUAUGGAAGGGAUCGCAGAUACUGGAGGAAGUACAUACAUUUUGAUUUCAAUGAGCUCAUCCGUAUUGCAACUGAGGAGAUAAUCCGGAUGAAAUGAGCAGUUUUGAAGAGUAUGUUGCUGAACAUACUGCAGAGCUGUAUAGGACUGGUGUUUUGGGAAAGCUCUGAAUGCACUGAACCUUCUCUGAAACUACCUCACCUUCAGGUAGCUUGCCAUCUGCAUCCUUGCUUUUGUUAUAUUUGAUUCCCAGGUGGUAGCUGAUCCCUUCUUGGACAGUACGUUUGGUGUGAUACAGUGUGAUACAAGGAGUGGCACAUCACAAGAGCAUGAAAAAGUGAUGUAUAUAGUACGGUUCAUCUAACUUAAGAAUAAAAGCUCGGCUAUUUCUUCUUCUGGGUAUUGGACUUUUCAUAAAAGUUAAACAGAGCGUGCAGGAACAUGCCCUCCCACAUGAGUUUGCUAUGACAUUCCAUUGUAUGGUGUAUUAAGCAGUCGCUUGUCAAGCCUUACCCUGUCACUGCAAUAACAGCUUUUCUUGUGCACCUAUUCAGAACAGCCAAGUGAAUUGUGAAGUAGGUUGCCUGAGAACCAGUGGGCCAGUACUUCUGAUGUGUGGCCAGCAUUGAGACUUCACAUGCCUAAAUGCUGUAGCAGCCAGAGUCUAGGCACCAAAGACCCUCUAGUGAUUCCUUUUAAGUGCAUGAAAGUCAAUAAAAACUGUUUGCUGUAAGCAGAUUUCUUUUUCCACAUGCAGAACAGUAUUCUUUCCUCGAUGGUUAUGUUAUGAGUUACUGAAUGAGUUUCGUCUAAGUGCCAGUCUACUAAAGUCUCUUAAGCCAAAACGUCCAUUAUCUCAGCUUUUUUUAGGUCUUGUUUUCCUGAUGGUGCUGUGUAAUGUAACUCACUGUGGUAUUUGUGUACAGCAACUUAAUGUGCAUGAAGUCUUAGCUGCCUUCCCUCAGUUUUGCUUUGUGUUCGUUGAGUAAAUUCUCUAGAAACGGGUGUAUUCAGUUACAGAAUCCAAGUGCAGUGCCAUGUUUGCUGACCUGGGUCGCUAGAGUGCAGUGAGUAUAGUAGCACACACACUGUGAAGGGCAGGUCGUCCUUUAGACUAUUCCAUCAAACCAGCUAGCUGCUGAUCCAUAAUCCUCUCCUGUCUAGAUGAUCUGUAAUUCAAAGUGUGUAAUGCAUGCACUGCAGCAAGAGAAAGGAAAAGGAAGCACCUUGUCAUUGUCUUUUGAACAGUUUAUGCUAAUUGAACCCACAUUGAUUGCCUCUGUGUUAUUCUUGGCUGCUUAAAACAGGUAGAUCAGAAUGUUAAAACUUUGUCUUUUGAUUUGUUACAUUGUUUAUUUUAAAGGACAUAUCUUUUUUGACCUGAUAGCAUACAGAGGUAAAUACAUUUUGUUAUACACACACACACACACACACACACACACACACACACACACACACACACACACACACACACACACACACACACACACACACGUUUAAAUCCAUAUAUAGGAAGUGCCUGAUUUUGUAAAAAUUGUAUUAGUUGCUAGUAGUUGGUGAAACACUGCCCAUGUGUUUUUCUUACCAGGAAGUGUAAUGAAAUUAGAAGAUAAACUCAUGAUUUCAUGAUUGGUGAUGCUAAACUAGGCUGAGAGAUACCACCAUUUAACAAUUUUAACCUCUAAAGGUCUGUCUGUUAUUUGUAUCUGCUGUAUAUAUCUUGUAUAAAUUAUUUUUAACAUAAGUUUGAGUCUACAUUAUGACAUGAUAGUAAUUUUAUUUUAACUUGUAUUUAAAUAAAAUAUUUUAUUUUGUAUAA